UAUAUAUAUAUAUCUGUCAGAACUAAAGCUAGCUGGCAAUGCAUCAAAAACAAGAUUGGUCUGUAAGCACAUAUCUGUUGCACUCCAACUAAAUUUCCGAUUGGUUUUGUUUUGCAGCUUGAACAUGAGAUCUGCAGGGGCACUGGAUAGCAUGGCUGUACUCUCGGAGACUUUCUCAUCUUUGGGGUUGGAGGAAUCUGCUGCAGGACAGUCAGGAAAACCACGAGUUUUAUCGGUCCUCUCUUCAAUUCUGGAGGGAUCAGUUCGAAAGAAUGAGAGAUUAGUAAGGCAAUCAAAGAUGAAGGACGUCAUUACAAUGUUCCAUGCCUCAGAAGUUCCUGCCUUAAGCAUUAGAAAGUAUAUUGAGCGUAUCUUCAAGUACUCAAGCUGCAGCAACUCUUGCUUUGUUGUUGCAUACAUAUACAUCGAAAGAUUUCUACAACGUACUGGGACUUGUCUCACUUCUCUCAACGUUCACCGGCUUUUAAUCACCAGCAUUCUGAUUGCUGCAAAAUUUAUGGAUGACGAUUGUUAUAGCAAUGGAUACUAUGCCAAAGUGGGAGGAGUGAGCACAGCAGAGAUGAACAACAUGGAGAUGGCAUUCUUGCUGAGUUUGGAUUUCAAACUCUAUGUCACCACAGAGAUGUUUGGGAAGUAUUGUCAGCAACUGGAAGAUGUGGGAAGGUACCGAAGACAUGGGCACUUUUUAAGGUUAAGACAAUAACAAGUAACAACUGAUAGAAUCACAAUAAAAGGUGAUAAAUGGUACUUCAAAAGUGUGACUAUUUAACGUUAUUAGAAGGACAUAGAUUGCAUGUAUCAAUAAUUAUAACCCAUUAAAAAGAGAUUGUACUAAUAUAUAUUAGUACAUAUAGCUUGUUGAAUUAUCAUAAAAUGGUUUUAUGUGUAUUGAAUCAUUAAAAUUUUAUACUUUCUAAAUCAUAUAUUUUA